CCCUCCUCCAGCUUUUUUCUCAGCCUUUCCCGACUCGUCCACCUAGUAUCUCUUCGAGAGUAUACCCAACCAUAGACAAAAUGGCCUCCACUCGUGUCCUCGCCUCUCGCCUGGCCUCCCAGAUGGCUGCUUCCGCCAAGGUUGCCCGCCCUGCUGUCCGCGUUGCUCAGGUCAGCAAGCGCACCAUCCAGACUGGCUCCCCCCUCCAGACCCUCAAGCGCACUCAGAUGACCUCUAUCGUCAACGCCACCACCCGCCAGGCUUUCCAGAAGCGCGCCUACUCUUCCGAGAUCGCCCAGGCCAUGGUUGAGGUCUCCAAGAACCUUGGUAUGGGUGCCGCUGCCAUCGGUCUUACCGGUGCCGGUAUUGGUAUCGGUCUCGUCUUCGCCGCCCUCCUCAACGGUGUUGCCCGCAACCCCGCCCUCCGUGGCCAGCUCUUCUCCUACGCCAUUCUUGGUUUCGCUUUCGUCGAGGCCAUCGGUCUUUUCGACCUCAUGGUUGCCCUCAUGGCCAAGUUCGUAAGUAACCUAAAUGCCGCAUCCGCCGCAGCAUCCUCAUGGAUGCCCAACUGCACCCCGCGCUUGGACGGCUCUGACGUAACGUGACCUCUAGACCUAAAUGCAUCCAACCUUGGACGGGAAAUACGGCGAAUCCUAGCUGGAGUCAUCGCCUGUACAUAUGGAGAGAGCGGACGAGCCGGCUUGUACGAAAAGGUUCAUGGUCAUAUGCGGCAUUAUCCACACCGCAUAUCCAUUGUGAGAUGGGGUGAGGGAGUGCAUUCGAAUCGGCAUAGAAUUGCAGCAUAGACGGAGGAAGGGGCGUAUAGACCUUAGACCGUGGAGUGACGAGCUUUGGCGAUCUCUCCGUCUCGUCGGUACUGCCGGCGAACCUGUAAAAUAGCCCGGAGCACUCUCACAUCGCUCUCAAGGGAAACAUUUCAUCCACAAAAAGAAACUCUUCCAUUGUCGACCACCACACG